AUCAUACCCCCACUGAUAAUGGCUCCUUUACGUUUAGGUUCUACUGCUCCAGAUUUCCAAGCCGAAACUUCCAACGGCAAAAUCUCUUUCCACGAGUACAUUGGUGACUCAUGGGCGGUUUUGUUCUCUCACCCAGAUGACUUUACCCCUGUUUGUACCACCGAAUUGGGGGCUUUCGCCAAGUUGGAACCCGAAUUCACAAAGAGAAACGUCAAGUUGAUUGGUUUGUCUGCCAACGGUACCGAAUCUCACAAGGCCUGGAUCAAGGAUAUCGAUGAGGUUACUGGUUCCACCUUGUCUUUCCCAAUUAUUGCUGACCCAGAAAGAAAGGUCGCCACCUUGUACGACAUGCUCGACUUUCAAGAUGCUUCCAACGUCGACAACAAGGGAUUGCAAUUGACCAUCAGAUCGGUGUUUAUCAUUGACCCUAAGAAGAAGGUGAGAUUGAUUAUUACCUACCCAGCUUCGGUUGGUAGAAACAGUGCCGAAGUGUUGAGAGUUGUCGAUGCUUUGCAAACUGGUGACAAGCACAGAGUUGCUACUGGUAUCAACUGGAUUCCAGGUGAUGAUGCCAUUGUGCCUGUGACCAUCAGCAACGAAGAGGCCAAGGAAUUAUUCCCUAACUUCAGAAUCAUCAAGCCUUACUUGCGUUUGACUCCUUUGGACUUGAGUGAAAAGUAGCUUAGUGUAAAAUAAAUAUUGGUGUGAGUUC